UCGGAGGAGGCUGCAGGAGGAGUAGAGCCAGGUCCAGAGGAGGAAGAAGGAGGAGGAGGAGGUGAAGAGGGAGGAGGAGAUAAGGCUGCCAUAGAGACGCACAGAUGUCCCGUCUACUGUGUCUGCAGGAAACCAGACAUCAACUGUUUCAUGAUAGGGUGUGACAGCUGCACUGAGUGGUUUCAUGGAAACUGUGUUGGAGUUUCAGAAAAAGCAGCUAAAGCCAUCAGAGUUUGGUUCUGUCCGUCCUGCCGAGACAAAGACUUGUCUCUGGAGAUUAAAUACCGUCCUAAGAAGAAGGAGGACAAAGAAUCGGACCCUGACGGAGAUGGUAGCUCCACUCCUCAGCCCAAGACUGACAGGAGGCGGGGCUCACAGAUCAAGCGUUCAGCACGGAUGUGUGGCGAGUGCGACGCCUGUCUGCGGACAGAGGACUGCGCUCAGUGCGACUUCUGCAAAGACAUGAAGAAGUUUGGAGGUCCAAACAAAAUCCGUCAGAAGUGUCGUCUGAGGCAGUGCGAGGUCCGAGCACGGAAGAUGCUUCGUGUCAAAGACGAGGAGGUGAGCCACAGCGGCAGCAGAGGGCGGGGCCUGUCUCGCAGAGGGGCGGAGCAUCAGACGGAGGAGGAGGACGAGGAGGACGAGGAGGAGCUGUUCAGUGAGAGCGAGCUGGAGCUGUUCGAGCAGUACAGAGCCGCCGGAUUCAGAGACCUGGUGUGGCACAGCGAGGAGGAGGACGCUCAGUCAGACUCUCUGAGGAAGAAGGCGGUGAAGGUGAAACACGUCAAGAGACGAGAGAAGAAGCCGGAGAAGAAGAAGUCCGUCUCCACUCCUAAAGAGGAGGUGAAGCCUCGCCGCCACAAAGCCAAGCAGCGCCACCGGGAGCGAGGGGGCGGGGGCGGAGCUAAAGAUUUGGGCGGGGCUCUUAGGCAGUGUCUGGGACCAGGAUGUGUCCAGCCGGCAAGGACCAACUCCAAGUACUGCUCUGACGACUGCGGCAUGAAGCUCGCCGCCAAUCGUAUCUAUGAGAUCCUGCCUCAGAGGAUCCAGCAGUGGCAGCAGAGUCCCUGCGUUGCCGAGGAGAUGGGACGGAGACAGCUGGAGCGAAUCAGGAAGGAGCAGCAGGCGGCGAGACUCCGCCUCACGCUGAUGGAGAAACGCUUCCACGAGCUCGAAGGCAUCAUCGCCAACGCCAAGCAGCAGCAGGUCCAACACCACGAGGAGGUGACUGAAGGGGACGGGGACGACACAGACCUUCAGAUCUUCUGUGUGUCCUGCAGUCAUCCUGUGAACCCGAAGGUGGCGCUGAGACACAUGGAGCGAUGCUACGCUAAAGUCAGUGUGUCUCUGUCAACAGGAAGUCUCUGUUUACUCUGAGAGAGGAAGCUACAGUGGCCCCGAGGGUCAAAACACUUCACACAAAACAAAACAACAUUUCACAAA